AUGGCGAAUUUUAUGAGUUAUAAUGAACUCCAUGACUUGGGGUUCUCGGGGCCCAAAUUUACAUGGACUAACAAUAAGAGUGGAAGUAGUAAAAUCUGGGUGCGCUUGGACCGUGUCUUGAUGAACUCGGAGGGGCUGCGGCUGGCUCCGCUGGCUUCUGUCAAGCACCUUAUCUGUGUUGCCUCAGACCACUGUCCGCUUCUGGUGUCGCUGGAUUCUACGGCUCACGGCAGGGGGUCCAAAUGGCUGCGCUUUGAGGACAAUUGGCUGACCUACCCGGUUACUUGGAAAUUGGUAUGGAAGAAUUGGGCUAAGCCAGACUAUGGUAGCCCGGAUGACAUCCUGAAUCGGAAGUGUUUGAGGAUGCUGAGGGCGUUGUUCUAUUGGAGCCGCAAUCGGCUCAAGGAGCUAGGGGAGCUUAAGUACACGCUGGAAGCCCGUAUUGCGUGGCUACAGGAGGCUGAGUGCUCGCCGUCCGGUUUUACGGCGGAACAGGAUGGUGAGCUUCGGCGUAUUGCGGGGGAGCUGAUCGCCACAUUGGCAAGGCUGGCCACGUGGUGGAGGCAACGGGCUAAGACGAGGUGGAUUGAGGAAGGGGAUGCCAAUUCCCACUUCUUUCACUCUAAUGCUUCCGCCCGUCAUCGCAGUAACACUAUUAGGGAAAUCACUGACAGAAACGGGGAGACUAUUAAUGAUCCGAAGCUUAUUCGGGAUGAGUUCUGGAGCUUCUUCCUGUUGAAGUGGAAGGAGAGGUAG